AUGUGUGGACGAUACGCUCUUCAUCUGCGGCCUUCAGAGGUUCGCCAAUAUCUCGAAAAUGAGAAUAUGCCAGUCGGGGAAGCUCCGGAUGAUGAGGGUGCAGGCGCGCCACGACAGAGUUACAAUUUUGCUCCUGGAUACCAUGGGAUUGUUUAUCGGGCUAAUGUACCUGAUUGGGGUGCAGGACCGAGACAACAUAAACAAGCUGGUGCUGAUGAGCAUGGGACCGAAGAUCGAUCUGCCACCGAGCUCGAAGCUGCCGAGCCGGAUGUGAUCGAACAAGAAAAGCGUGCGAAUGAGACAGUUCACUAUAAGCUACAGAGUAUGAAAUGGGGAUUGAUACCAUUUUGGACGAAGCGUAAUCCGGAUUAUGGAUCGAUGAUGAAGACUAUCAAUUGCCGUGAUGAUUCUUUGAUUGAGAAUAGAGGAAUGUGGAAUACGAUGAAGCAAAAGAAAAGGUGUAUUAUUAUUGCAGAGGGAUUCUAUGAGUGGCUGAAGAAUGGGAAAGAAAAAGUACCCCAUUACAUCAAGAGGAAAGAUGGACAACUGAUGUGUAUGGCGGGUCUGUGGGAUGUUGUUCAAUAUGAAGGUUCUGAUGAGAGACUCUAUACUUACACCAUCAUCACCACAAGUUCGAAUAAGCAGUUGAACUUCCUACAUGAUAGAAUGCCAGUUGUUCUCGACAAUGGCUCGGAGGAUCUUCGUACUUGGCUCGAUCCGAAAAGAUCAUCGUGGUCGAAAGAACUUCAGUCUCUUCUGAAGCCAUAUGAGGGAGAGUUGGAGAUCUAUCCAGUAAGUAAGGAAGUGGGGAAAGUGGGCAACGAUUCUCCCAAUUUCAUUGUCCCAGUGGCAAGCACCGAGAAUAAGUCCAAUAUUGCCAAUUUCUUUGCCAAAGGAGGGAAGGAUGAUGCAAAGGCGACAUCCAAACCAUCCAAUUCAGAUGCACCUCGGAAAAUCAAAGAGGAGAAACCAAAUCAUACACCAAUCAAAGAAGAGCACACAGAUACAGAUGAUCGCAAAACCAUUGAUCACGAUGGUUCCGAAGAUAACGCACCUUUACCUGUGCCCAAAACAGAGGACCAACAAGGGAUAAAACGCGAACUUGACGACGUUGAUGUCGAAGAACCGCCCAAAAAACAAAUACGGAUAUCUGCAAGUACACACAAAGAUUCUCCGUCUGUGGCGUCGACUCGGAAAACUAGAAGUGCUACGAGCAAUAAUUAUGGAAGUCCGAAGAAAUCAUCAGGUCAGGAAAAGGGAAGUCAAAAGAUUACGAAUUUCUUUAGCAAAUGA